AUGGUGCAUCCAUUGAAAUAUAAUAGCAUUUCCUCAUGCUUUACUACCCUAUUGAGAGAACAAGGUCCUUCUGCCUUUUGGAGAGGUUGGGCUGGGAAGUUUUUUGGAUAUGGUGUUCAGGGUGCUUGUAGAUUUGGGCUUUAUGAAUACUUCAAGAAACUUUACUCAAACGUACUGAUUGACCAGAACAAGAGUGUCAUAUUUUUUGUUAGCAGCGCAUCUGCUGAAGUAAUUGCCAAUGUGGCUCUAUGCCCUUUCGAGGCCAUUAAAGUACGUGUUCAAGCACAGCCCCAUUUUGCAAAGGGCUUGGCAGAUGGAUUUCCAAAGCUAUGCACAUCAGAAGGCCUCCGUGGCUUAUACAGGGGGCUCAUUCCACUAUGGGGCCGUAAUCUACCAUGCCAACUAGUGGGAAGGUUCGCGUGGAUAUAGAAGUAAAUGGAACAGGCAAAACUCGGUGAAAGUGAGUGCUUCAAUUGAAGUGGCUUAGAUACUAAGAAGGGCCCCACGUCCAACAAAUCAGGGUGAAGGGGCUACAAUUUUUGGCUUGGCUUGGCUUGGCUUUGCAGGAUAUUUGCAACAAUGGCUGUGCUUAUUUCUGUGAGCAGCCAGCAUUUUUGUUCAUUGGUAUCAUCAGCUAAAUCCGGAUUCCACAUAAGUUAAUGC